AUGGUGUCGUUUACGGGAGCAUCGCCAUCAUCCUUCAGACGGCUUUCUCCAAGCCAGGGAUCUGCUGAUGCGAUCCCAAUACUUGUCAAUAGCACCUAUCACCUCUUUCAUCUGACAACACCGCCUCAUACUGUCCAUCAUCCCGAGAGACUUCGUUCGUAUUGGUCGCACCUUCGCUCUAGGAACCUCGUCAAAUGGAGCCGAGAUGACUCCCCUUCUAUCAUUCCAGACAAGGACUCUGCAAACCAUGACGCCGAUGGUGCUUGGACCGGUUCAGCAAUUAUUGGGCCUGAUGGAAACAUGCAUAUUUUCUACACGGGAUACAACCUGUCCCAGGAUGGAAAACAAGUGAUCAUUCAUGCAGCGUCUCCGGAUAUAGAAGGGUCAUCAUUCGUGAAAUUCCCGGAGCCAAUCUCGAUAACUAAUGAGACAGUAGCAAAUCUUGCUUCAUUUGAGGAUAUUGAUUUCCGUGAUCCGUAUGUGCUUUUCAAUCAAGAUGAGCGGCAAUAUUGGAUGCUGGUGGCUACGCGCCUCGCGGAAGGCCCGUAUUGGACCAGGGGGUGUCUUGCAUUGUUGACGUCGACAGACUUGAACACUUGGCAUUUGGAACCUGAACCUUUCUUUGCCCCAAAUGACAUGUUUUGUCCUGAAUGCCCAGAACUCUUCACACUUCCCAAUGGCCACUGGUACCUCGUUUACUCGAGAUUUUCGUCUCCUCACUCAGGGACAGUGUACCGCAUGUCCGACUCACCGCGUGGACCCUUCCGAAAACCCAAAGAUGGCUCUGCCGGGCGUUGGGAUGGAAGGAGAUGGUACGCAGCAAAAUCUUGCCCCAAGGCCGGAGAUCCAUCAAAGCGCGUGUAUUUUGGCUGGAUUGCUGAUCGUUGCGAGGAAGACAAGAAGUGGAUGUGGGGAGGAGAUAUGGCGUAUCCGCGGCAGGUAUACGCUACUGCUGAUGGAUCUCUAAGGAUUGAGCCAGUUGAGGAGAUCAUGUCAGAGCUCUUUCGUUCAGAACCUAUCUUUCAGCGCCCAUCCGUCAAGCUCAACUCUUUAGGAGCAGUCAAGAAGCACUUUCUAUAUCCUACGUCGGCUAGUUCCGGCGCAACUUCGUCCUUGCCAACCCUCAUGUCUUUUAAGUUCUCUUCGAGUGAUGCAGCAUCAUUUGGUGUACUUUUCCACGCAGAUGCAGACCUUUCCGGCUACUGGCUGCGUUUCACUCCCGCGCAAGCUGGGCCAGGGAGAUCAUUUUUUACCAUAUCAUUAUCUCUUUGCCCCCCUUCCCUAGACGACUUCUGGGCUGAUCAGUACAAGUUGUACCUUCCGCGAGAAGUUGAUGGUCAUGAACUAGUCCGGCACGAUAACGUUCCAGUUGGACAGGAGGAAGCCGUGAAAGUUCUCAUGAUAGGAGAUACUUUGGAAGUUUUUGUUGGGGGAAGAGCAAUUAGCUAUCGGUUUCAACCAAAACAGAGUGGGGGUAAAGGGGGGAACCUGAGAUAUGGACUGUUUGUGGAUGAUGGAGAGGUCACUUUCAACUCAUUCUUCUCAGUCGUUGGUAAUCUCCCGUCAAUAUAG